GAAUGCGUUGUCUGCGUCAUUAUUUCCUCUAGAUCGACUCCUAACGGUUGGUUUGUAGGAUUUGUUGUCGAGUUUUUCUUGCUAUUCUGUACUCUAAGGACCAAACAACAAAAUGCGUGAAUGCAUCUCCAUCCACGUUGGACAGGCUGGUGUCCAGAUUGGGAAUGCCUGCUGGGAGCUUUACUGCUUGGAACAUGGCAUUCAGCCAGACGGACAAAUGCCCAGUGACAAGACCAUCGGCGGAGGAGAUGAUUCCUUCAACACUUUUUUCAGUGAGACUGGAGCUGGAAAGCAUGUCCCUAGAGCUGUUUUUGUGGACCUUGAACCCACUGUGAUCGAUGAGGUGCGGACUGGGACGUAUCGCCAGCUGUUCCACCCUGAGCAGUUGAUCACUGGCAAGGAGGAUGCAGCUAACAAUUAUGCCCGUGGACACUAUACCAUCGGCAAAGAGAUUAUUGAUCUUGUUCUGGACAGGGUCCGCAAACUGGCUGACCAGUGCACUGGUCUUCAGGGCUUCCUGGUGUUCCACAGCUUCGGUGGUGGGACUGGCUCUGGUUUCACCUCACUGCUGAUGGAGCGCCUUUCUGUCGACUACGGCAAGAAGUCAAAGCUGGAGUUUUCCAUCUACCCAGCUCCCCAAGUGUCCACCGCUGUGGUUGAGCCCUACAACGCCAUCCUGACCACCCACACUACCCUAGAGCACUCUGACUGUGCCUUCAUGGUAGAUAACGAGGCAAUCUAUGACAUCUGCCGUAGGAACCUCGAUAUCGAGCGUCCUACUUACACCAACCUGAACAGGUUGAUCAGCCAGAUUGUGUCCUCCAUCACUGCUUCGCUCCGCUUUGAUGGUGCCCUCAAUGUUGAUCUGACAGAGUUCCAGACCAACUUGGUGCCCUACCCUCGUAUCCACUUCCCCCUGGCCACCUACGCCCCCGUCAUCUCUGCAGAGAAGGCUUAUCACGAGCAGUUAACUGUAUCAGAAAUCACAAACGCUUGCUUCGAGCCAGCCAAUCAGAUGGUGAAAUGUGACCCUCGCCACGGCAAGUAUAUGGCCUGCUGCCUUUUGUACCGUGGCGAUGUGGUGCCCAAAGAUGUCAACGCUGCCAUUGCUGCCAUCAAAACCAAGCGCACCAUCCAGUUCGUGGACUGGUGCCCCACCGGUUUCAAAGUCGGCAUCAACUACCAGCCACCAACUGUGGUUCCUGGUGGAGAUCUGGCCAAGGUCCAGAGGGCUGUGUGUAUGCUGAGUAACACCACCGCCAUCGCUGAGGCCUGGGCACGACUCGACCACAAGUUUGACUUGAUGUACGCCAAGCGUGCAUUUGUUCAUUGGUAUGUGGGUGAGGGAAUGGAGGAGGGCGAGUUUUCUGAGGCUAGAGAGGACAUGGCAGCUCUAGAGAAGGAUUAUGAAGAGGUUGGAGUUGACUCUGUUGAUGGAGAGGGAGAUGAGGAAGGUGAGGAGUAGGUUCAUUGCAAUAAAAUCAUCAAAGUUACGCAAGUUCACUCAGAAGCACUGUUACAUUGUUCUACCAAAUCAUGUUACACAUUCCUGUGGAGGAGAGUGCAUAUUUUUCAUCUGUGAAUAAAUGCGUAUGAAAAUUAAAAUGCAUUUUUUUAAAUUUGACAUAAGAGUGUAACAUGGAGACAUGACGACUUCAUUUUGUAGUUUUAUUCUUUCAGCGUCACUUCUUUCUUCCGGGUGCUGCUGAUCUUUAACGAGUACAUGAGCAAUUUAAAAAUCAAACUUGAUAUCUACUUGACUAGCGAUUGAGAUUAAUCAUUUUCAUAAUUCAUAAUUUCUACAUCUACUCAAGAGCUCCAAAGUAUUUUACAGGUUUGCUUUACAAUAUAAAGAACAGAGGUAUUUAUUGUCUGAAAAGCUAAACUCUUAACGAGAGUGUAUCAAUGUUAGGUGGCUUCUGAUUGUAGAUUGUAUGACUAAAAUAAGACCUGAAGGUCAGGAUCAGCCCACAGACCAUCUCAAUAUGACUUCUGAUGUCAUUUAAAGGAAAACUGGAAAUAAACCCUCCUGAGAGGAAAAAAAUGGAUUGCCUUGGAACUUGAGAUUGAAUCAGUUUAAUAAGUUUGUACUGCCACUGACUCAUUUCAACAGACUAAACUGUGCAAAUAAAUUAUCAGUGACAAACUGAAAAACCUUUAUUUAUGUAGAACUAACCAACCAUAAGAAAGAUUUAACAGUAUUAGAUCAAAGUUGUCUGUAACAGUCUUUACUUAGAAAAAAGACACAAGACAAGUCAGCUUCUCUGACAAGCUGAUCAUUUCUUGGUGCUCUGUAUCAAAUUGAAUCUAGUUUCAUUUAAUUAUGCAUUUGAGGCCUGGUGAUGAAAUUCAGUCACAUACAGUCUGCAUUUUAAACCAAUCAUGAUAUUUAUUUAUUCAAAAUGUGUCCUUUAGCUAACUGAAAUGUGUUUUGCUUUGCUAGCAAUAAAAACAUUAAUACAGUUUUUGAAAGCAA